AUGGAGGUGCCAGCGCCGAAGUUCGCUCCGACUGCCUGUGCGCUACCAGGCCGUCGGUAUCUGCUCCAACUUCUUUUUGUGCUCGCGUCCCGUCACCCACGCAUCGAUACCCAGUCUGCCCGUGCUGCCGUCUGCCUUCUGCCUGUGCUGCUGUCCUUCUCGCUUGCUCCUUCGGUCUUUUCUGAAUUGCAUCGUCCUUCCUUCUCCGUCGCCAUGUCGCCCACGCCCACGCCCUCGGAAGCGGUCGCCAAGGUCGCGCAAGUCGCCGCGGGCACCAGCUCGUCGGCCAAGGCGUACAAGAGAGAGUCCAACACGGCGCGAUUCUUGGGUGCAGGAUGUGCGGGUCUGGCUGAGCUGAUGGUCUUCCACCCCGUCGACACCACAGCCAAGCGCCUCAUGAGCAACGUCGGCAAGAUCGAAUCGGCGUCGCACUUGAACAAGGUCGUCUUCCGAGACGCCGCCCAUGCCUCGGUGGGUGGGCGAUUCCUCUCGCUCUUCCCCGGUCUUGGAUACGCCGCCGCCUACAAGAUCCUCCAGCGCAUCUACAAGUACGGCGGGCAGCCGUUUGCGCGCGACUACCUGGCCAGGCACCACGGCGACGUCUUCGACCAGACGUUCGGCAAGGGCAACGGCAAGGCCAUCAUGCACGCCAGCGCUGGCUCCCUGAUUGGCAUCGGUGAGAUCGUUCUGCUGCCGCUCGACGUGCUCAAGAUCAAGCGCCAGACCAACCCCGAGGCCUUCAGGGGACGUGGUGUGCUGAGGAUCGUGGCCGACGAGGGCUUCGGGCUCUACCGUGGAUGGGGCUGGACAGCCGCCCGCAACGCGCCUGGUUCGUUCGCCCUUUUCGGUGGAUCGGCCGCGGCCAAGGAGUACCUCUACAAGCUCGAGGACUACAACAAGGCGUCCUGGGGACAGAACUUUGUCGCCUCGAUUGCCGGGGCCACGGCGUCGCUCAUCGUGUCGGCGCCGCUCGACGUGAUCAAGACGCGGAUCCAGAACCGGAACUUCGACAACCCGGAGAGCGGCAUGCGGAUCGUGUCCAACAUGAUGAAGAACGAGGGCAUCACGUCCUUCUUCAAGGGCCUGACGCCCAAGCUGCUCAUGACGGGGCCCAAGCUUGUCUUCUCCUUCUGGUUGGCCCAGACGCUGAUUCCUGCCUUUGGCAAGGUCAUGUAG